UGUUGCAAUAUAAAGAAUUGCUACAGUGUAAAUUUCACUGCGAAUCGGACCGGCCUGAUUUCGCAAAUAGGAAGCAUUUACCAAAUAACAAUGAAAAGUGUCUUAUGAGCACAGGUAUGAGGGCAAAGCGCCUGGAAAGUGAUAGUCGCGCAGCAUCAGACCGUUACUCGGUGUAGCUGUUUCUAUGGCAACCAGCGCUGUUCCCAGUGACAACCUUCCCACGUACAAGCUGGUGGUAGUGGGGGAUGGGGGGGUUGGCAAGAGCGCCCUCACCAUCCAGUUCUUCCAGAAGAUCUUCGUGCCAGACUAUGACCCCACCAUCGAAGACUCAUACCUGAAGCACACGGAGAUCGACAGCCAGUGGGCCAUCCUGGAUGUGCUGGACACGGCUGGCCAGGAGGAGUUCAGUGCCAUGCGAGAGCAGUACAUGCGGACUGGUGACGGCUUCCUCAUCGUCUUCUCCGUGACAGACAAGGCCAGCUUUGAGCACGUGGACCGAUUCCACCAGCUGAUCCUGCGUGUGAAGGACAGGGAGUCCUUUCCAAUGAUUUUGGUGGCGAACAAAGUGGACCUGGUGCAUUUGCGGAAGGUGACUACGGAACAGGGCAGGGAGAUGGCGGCUAAGCACAGCAUUACGUACAUCGAGACGAGUGCCAAAGAGCCCCCGAUGAAUGUGGAUAAGGCCUUUCAUGAGCUGGUCAGAGUCAUCAGGCAGCAGAUCCCAGAGAAGAGCCAGAAGAAGAAGAAAGUCAAGUGGAGGGGGGACAGGGCCACCACCUCUCACAGGCUGCACUGUGUCAUCUUGUGAUGGUCAGCUCUGGAACCCUGCCCCCCCCAGCACUCCUGACCUCCCCAGGCAGCGUUACCCUUCACCCAAAAAAAGGAGACGUGAGACUGGCCGCUUAAACUCUGCGGAGGGCUCGUCCAUUUCCGUGUGAAAGUCAGCAAGAGUGAAUGUGGAGCAAAAAUACGUGCGGCCAGGUUUACGCUCCCCCUAGUGGAGAAGAGAUUGUAAGACGCUUACAAAAACAGAGGCUUUCACAAAGAGGGGUUCAUUUGUGGCCGUUUACAUGUUCCAUUGUCCUUGUGGCUAUAGAGAGGAAUUGUUUGCACCCCAAGAAGACGCUCUGUGUUCCGAGGGCCUGAGUUGUAGUUUUUAGCUAAUGUUGGGUGUCUAGGGAAGGCCUGGUGCAGUGGGAAAGGAGACAUCCUGUUUGUCACGAUCAGCAGAGUCAGCCAAUGGACAUUUGGACAUCCAGAGGGGCUCCAGUCUGCAAGGGUGUGUGAGUACAGGAGCCAGCGUGGAGCCUGGCGGAACAGGAGAGGUCGGAAGACAAAGACAGAAAAUCGCAGAUGCUGUUGACCGCCAUGGUGCUCAGAGGAGUUAGACAGAAAAGUUCAGCAGAGGAGGUCCAUGUGCAUUUUGCUGUGUUUUUCUCACCUUUGUGAAGGACUGGGGAGGUGGAGAUAUGAGUCUCGCCGGAGCGAGCGUCAUUAAACCAGGCUGCUCACUCUGCGUGCCCCUGCCCGCAAUCUGGGUGUUGGACUCUAGCUGAGUAGGGUUCACUUGGAGCCGUAUGGGCAUAACGGUCCCAAAGGUCGUCCCAUCAGCGGGAAAAAGGGCAAGAUGGCAGCACUCCGUCAUGUGAUAUUCUACAUCCCAUGGGACUGAGAUGUCUGAGCAUCGUGCUCUUUUCUAUGAUGUAACAGUUUCAUUUGAUACUGCUUGUGUUUGUAUAAGUGAUUUAUUGCUGGUGAAUCUGGAUCACUGACGUGGUUUAGGCUGAGAUUCUCCUGAUGAUAAAGGCUACGAUGAAUCAGCA